AUGGGGGAGAAAUGGUUAAUUUGUUUACCUGGUAAUGCUCCUUAUAAAGAGAAACUCGUCUCAAUUGACGAUGAAAAACGAGUGAAGGAAGUCGAGAUUGUUGUAGGUGGAUAUUUUGAUCUAGGAUUAAAUUUCUAUGGGAUUAUGUUUGAAGUUAUAGAAAGGGAUGAGAAUUUAAUCUUAGUAAAAAUUACUAUUGAUUUUGAGACUAAAGAUGCUGAAAAUAUUCAUCUUACUAUUGUCAAUCUCCAAGCUCUGGUUGCCAUUAUGAAAGCUACAGUUGAAUAUUUCAACCAGAGGAGCAAGUAA